CACGGUGGUAGUUAGCGCAGACAGUGAGUCUGUCCAGCAAUGUUGCUGGUUGUUCAUCAAUGAAUUGCCGCUGUAACCGCAGUCAACUAGUGUAUUGCUAGCCACAGAGAUUCUACCACUGAAUUAUUGGGAGAAGAGAAAUCAUCUAAUUACCUGAUCGAGGUGCUUCUACACCCCCAAAUUUUUUGCCUUGUUUUCCGGCUGCGGUGCGGAUCGGUCUGGCCACACCCAUCUCUCUUUCUCGUUUUCUUCGACAUAUAGACAAGACUUCUCAUUUAUUAGUUUAUGCUGCGCGCCUUUCAACAGCUAGCGAAAAUGGCCGUCACGACUACACCCACGACUAAAGUAUACCCGGCGACCACCACAGCGCUAAAGUUCAGCAGCCCUCUCGACGACGGGGCAUUCACGCACUCGGAGCCGGCAGCGUGGCUUGCAGCCAGCACACAGCAGCUGCGCACCAACAAGUGCGUUGGUAUUCCAACAGAGACCGUGUAUGGGCUGGCGGCUAAUGCGCUGGCGGCACCGGCGGUCCAGCAGAUCUACACGAUCAAAGGCCGGCCGUCGGACAACCCCCUGAUUGUGCACAUUUCGUCGCUGCGCAUGCUCCGCGCAUUGUACCAUCUUCCAGCGGCACCCAUCACCUCAGCUCCGCCAUUCCUCGGCACUGAUAAUGCCGCACUGGAGGGCGAGCGUCUGAAUGCGCAGCUAGCGCAGCCAGCAGGAGUGUGGCCGGAGAUUCCGGAGCAGUACCAUGAGGCGAUCCGCAUGUUCUGGCCCGGCCCGCUGACGAUUGUGAUGCCCAAGCCCGAGUGCAUUCCAAUGGAGGUGCUGGGCGGACAUGGCAAUACGGUUGCGUUCCGGUUCCCGUCGCAUCCGGUGGCCAGGGCAGUGAUUUCGGACUGCGGGCUGCCGCUGGCAGCGCCUAGUGCGAAUGCAUCGGGGCGUCCGUCGCCGACGCUGGCCGAGCAUGUGAGGCGCGAUCUGGAUGGCAAGCUGGCGGUGGUCGUGGACGCUGGCGCCUGCGAUGUGGGCGUCGAAAGCACGGUUCUGGAUGCGUUCUCGCCGAACGCAUAUGUGGAUGGCGAAUUGCGGCCGUGCAUCCUGCGGCCCGGCGGCGUCACAUUCGAGCAGCUGAAGGCUCUGGGCGGCGUGUAUGAGAAGCUGCGGGUGUACAAGCGGGACUUUAGCAGCGACGAGAUGGAAAUGCACCCGACCACGCCUGGCAUGAAGUACAGGCAUUACUCGCCAACAGCACCCGUGCACUUGUUUGUGCCCAGACAUGGGAAUGUGCAUGAGAAGAUGCAGGCGAUGGUGAGGGACAUGGAUGGCAAAAAGGUCGGGGUUAUCGCUAUCGGCGGGUUCGAGGCUGCGCAGGAGAAUGUGCUGGUGAGGAGCGUCAAAGACGCAAGGGAGCUGGCGCACGAGAUCUUUGCGUUGCUGAGAGCGCUUGAUGAGGACGACGGUGUCGAUGCGAUUCUGGUGCAGGGCGUCGACGAGGACCACGAAGGGCUGGCGGUCAUGAACCGUCUGGGCAAGGCAGCAUCCAACCACAUUGUGUGCUGAGGGCAUAGGGUAUAUCGAUUGAGGGAAAUAAAAAA